AUGAAAGCCUACUGGUUCGACAACAUCGAUGGCGACCAACGCCUCCCGCACGACUCCGGGCGCAGCGUCCCCGCAGACUACCUUUCCAACCUGGGCGUACUCUACCAGCACAUAACAGCCCCCUCAGAAGUCGACGCGCUCGCAUCGGCCCGCAACUACAAGAACCGCGACGAAAUCACCGUAUCACCGCAGAGCAUGGGCGACGUGUACGAGGAGAAAGUGAAGAGCUUCUUCCACGAGCACCUGCACGAGGACGAGGAGAUCCGGUAUAUCCUCGAUGGCGCAGGGUUCUUCGACGUGCGCAGCGAGGGGGAUGAUUGGGUGCGAAUUUGGCUCGAGAAGGGAGAUUUGAUUGUGCUGCCUGCGGGCAUUUAUCAUCGGUUUACUACGGAUGAGAAGAAUUAUAUCAAGGCUAUGCGGCUCUUCAAGGAAGAGCCCAAGUGGACCCCGUUGAACAGGAGUGAGGAGACGGAUGCGAACCACUACCGUAAGGAGUACCUCAGCUCGCGACAGGGCCUUGCUGCGUGA